AUGGGGAGAGAGUUCGAGUUGACCGGAAUUUCCCACCAAAUUAUUGACGAAUUUUUGGCCGAACGAACCGCAACUUUGGGACGAAUAAAAGAAAACGACCUCAGAGAUAAUUUUAGUUCUCGCUUGUUAGUUAGCCUGGAAAACUUUUCUUCUACCGAACGCCGUCACAGAAAAUUAGAAAAGAGGAUUCAAUCUUACCAAGAAAAAGAACGAGAUUUUAUCACCCGUUUAAAAUCUCAACUGCCCGAGGCUCGUCGUAAUUUCCCAUCUUGUGCCGAAUGGGCGGAAAAAUUAAGCUCUUAUUCUUCUCAUGAUGCGGCCGUCCAACUUGAAAAUUCGGUUGGUGACGCGGAAAAAUGUCUAGAUAAUUUAACUGUUUGGCAAGAAAGCAGCAACCCUUAUUUAAUUAAUGCUUGUGAGAGCGGACAAAACCCCCAGCGAAUUAGGAAAAUCUGGGCUCAAUUUAAUCUAAAAAAAUUGUUGGAAAAAGGAAAUAUUGAUGAAGCCAGUCAGAGCACAGAUGGAAUUAAAAAACUAAUUGCCGAAUUGAGUAAGCAAGAGUUUGCCAAUGAGGAGGAAAAAGCGGUCUGGACGGAAAGUCGGUCCAAGAUUAACUCUAAUUUGGAAUUUCUUAAUGCUUUUCUUGCCCUUCAUAACGAGUUAGAUAAUUUAUUAGAACAAGAUAGUGAAAAUCUUGACCGAUUACGAAAAAUUAUC